UAGAUUGGAAACUCGCUGCACUUUGAGGACCGUGGAUCUGUCGAGGGAUCGUUCGCGGUGGCUCAGUUUCCUAGGAAUAUAUUGCAACAGGACGGGGGCUUUGUCUGAAGGAGGCUCUGGAUUUGCUGGUCUUUGCAGCGGUUUGUCUCCAGGCUGCUGUUGGGAACAGCCCGAGUCAGAAGUUAACAGGGCUUCUGUCUUUGCAGAGCCAUGGGCAGCAAGAAGAAGGAAAUUGCCCUGCAGGUUAACAUCAGCACUCAGGAGCUUUGGGAGGAAAUGCUCAGUUCCAAAGGACUAACUGUUGUCGAUGUCUAUCAAGGCUGGUGUGGGCCCUGCAAACCCAUGGUGAGCCUCUUCCAGAAGAUGAGGAUCGAGGCCGGCCUGGACCUUCUGCAUUUUGCAUUAGCAGAAGCAGAUUGUCUUGAAGUCCUGGAAAAAUACCGUGGGAAGUGUGAGCCGACCUUUCUGUUUUAUGCAGGUGGAGAGCUGGUGGCCGUGGUUAGAGGCGCCAAUGCCCCACUGCUGCAGAAAACCAUCCGAGAGCAGCUGGAGGCUGAAAAGAAAGUUCUGGCCGAAGGCUGUGAGCGCAAAGUGAUUAGAGAUGAGGCUCUGUCUGAUGAAGAUGGAUGCCUCUCCCACGACAAGGACAUUGGUGACGACGAGGACGUGGCUUCAUUAGGGACAACCUGCACCUUGGCCAUCAUUAAGCCAGACGCAGUGGUCCAUGGAAAGACUGAUGAGAUUAUUAUGAAGAUCUACGAAGCCGGUUUUGACAUUUUAGCAAAUGAAGAGAGAACCAUGACAGAAGCAGAAAUGCAGCUUUUCUAUCAGCACAAAGCUGGAGAGGAGGCAUUUGAGAAGCUGGUUCAUCACAUGUGCAGUGGACCGAGCCACCUCCUGAUCCUCACCAGGCCUGAGGGCACUGAGGACGUGAUCACUGCCUGGCGAACGCUCAUGGGGCCCUGUGACCCUGAUGUAGCAAGGAGGGAGCAGCCUGACAGUCUCCGCGCUCAGUUCGGCACAGAAAUGCCCUUCAACGCAGUCCACGGAAGCCAGGACAGAGAGGACGCCAGCCGAGAACUGGCAUUGCUCUUCCCCACAUUUAAGUUUUCAGAUGAAGUUCUAGAAGCCUCUCUAUGCCAUGGGGCUGAAGGAGCGGUGGGCCCCACUGAGGCACACUGCUUCCCUGAGGACACGGACUGAGAGGCUGGGCUGCUGUUCCAGAGCAUGUGACCAGGGACAAGGCCAUGAGAUGAGCUGUCAGUGCGCUUGAAUCAGCCGCCCAUAGGACAGCUCCAGAAUUGGAACUCACUCUUUUCAGCACCAAUACUUUUUUGGUUUAGUUAUGUCUUGUGAACAAUAAAAAUAGUAUAUAUUUUCUUGCCUUAUUAAACAGUAUAUAAAACAUA